AUGGUUAUAUACGACACAUCACCUCAAUCAGUUACUUGCGGAGUCACCAUUCUUUCCGAGAAUGUCACGUUAACGGUUACUUUUGUUUAUGGUUUCAACUUGGUCGACGAUAGGAGGAGUUUAUGGGAUCAUCUUCGUAAUCUUCAGGCUACAACUCCGGUUUCUGCUUAUCCAUGGUCAGUUUUGGGUGAUUUCAACCAAAUGCUGCGUACAUCCCAUCACUCCAAUCACCUUACCUCCCGUGUUGAUGACUCGGGCAUAGAUGAUGCAAACAUUGGUCUUCAAGACGCUCAGUUGUUUGAGGCGCAGGCAAAAGGAUUACCAUUCACUUGGAGGAACAGUCAAGAUGAUAAUCCAAUCUCCACAAAAAUCGAUCAUGCUUUCAUCAACCAGCCUUGGUCUACAGCUUUUCCGGAUUCCUACGCUGACUUCUUGGACCCGUCUCAAUCAGAUCAUACGCCUUGCCUCCUUCGGAUGCCUUCUAUUAGACGGCAGGUUAUUAAACCUUUCAAGUUCUUUCACCACGUUAUAGAUCAUCCUGAAUAUGCAGAGAAAGUGACUGAAGCCUGGAGCUGGGAUCAGAUAACAGGCACAGAUCAAUUCAAGCUGCGGCAUUACGCAGAGGGUCAAAGAGCAGCAGGAAAAUGUUAG